AUGCCCAAGUACCCGGAAGUUCCACCACUACUGGUCCAGUCUUCUUGUACAGCUGUGCCUCUGUCAGGGGCCACCGCAAUUGGCGAGGAUUUGCAGACUUUGAUGAGACCAGGAGGCUUGGAUAAGCACCUCAAUAGCGUUGCGAAGUUCGUGGCAAAAGGCCCGACGCUCAUUACCAAAGACGCUGAAAGUGUUGACUCGCUUUCAGGGCUAGGUCUGGGGCUAGGUCUGGGGCAACGGGGCGGAAAGUCUCCAGGCAUCUUCUUGACGUACACGUGA